UUAUCUAUAACGAUCCCCACUCAUUUGAAAUUUUAUGUGGAGUCUCUCCAGCGACGCCGCUGUCUCCUUCUCCUCCACCUGUUUUUUAUUAGCGUAGGGUUGGAGACUUUGAGACAUAAAUGUUCGCGGUGUGAACGGGAGAACGUAACAUAACCUCAGUUAAGUCUCCUUGACAUAUAACAACACGGUAGCCCUUCAAAUCAAUUUAUACACAACAUUUCGAUCGCUUGAUUCUAGUGCAACAAAAAGUCUAUUUAAACGUCAUUACAAAAUCUGAGAAAACAUGAGAAACAAUAUUAUUAAUUACACAAAAAACUUCUAUAACAAAUCAUUUAGAAGGGCUACGCACGUUAUUUUCGAUAUGGAUGGACUUAUAUUGGAUACUGAAUGCAUUUAUACGAAGGUUAUUAGCGAUAUUGCUCAAAAAUUUGGAAAACAAUACACCAAAAAUGUUCGGAUUAAAUUACUUGGAACCGUUGAAGCCGAUAGUAGUAAAAUAGCCGUUCAAGAGAUGCAAUUACCCAUUACAUGGGAAGAGUUUCGAGAAGAAUUUUCAUUAAAAUCAAGUAUUCAAUUGAGGAAAUGUCCACUUAUGCCCGGAGCGGAAAAAUUAAUUCGUCACUUAAAAGCUAAUAAAGUCCCCAUAGCAAUAGCAACAUCAUCAACACAAGAAAGCAUGGAAUAUAAAACAGAACACUUAAAAAGUUUUUUCGAUUUGUUUGAUCAUAAAGUUUGUGGUGGAUCAGAUCCAGAAGUGCGCCAAGGAAAACCAGCACCUGAUAUAUUUUUAGUUUGCGCAAAACGAUUUCCUGAUAAACCCCACCCAGAAAAAUGUUUAGUUUUGGAGGAUGCUCCAAAUGGGGCGAGAGGUGCAAUCGACGCUGGUAUGCAAUGUGUUAUAGUUCCAGAUCAAGAUGUUCCUCACGAUUUAUGUAAUCAUGCUACUCAAAUUAUCCCUUCACUCAAAUAUAUAAGGCCUGAACACUUCGGAUUACCACCUUUCACUUCAUAAUAUAAAGUCAUGAGAUAGAUGUUAAAGUUUAGUUGGGGUGAUUAAAUCUGCAAUUUAUGUUUUGCAAUAAGUGGAUCAAGUUAACCAAGCUAACUUUACUUAAAGCGUUAAUAAAAGAGAAGAGGAGAUAAUGACAAAUACAAACUGAUAGACUAGUCAAACGUUAAAUCAAUAUUUAUUUGGUAUACAUUAAUAACAUUUUAAUACAGUACCUAGCGAUCA